AUGAUUGUUGGCUUGAUCCAUAUAAUUCAAGGUGAUUCUAUUAAACAAGAAAGGAAUACAUUGAAUUAUGUUAAACCACGUAUGGCUUGCCCUAGCUCGGAUAUGUGUGUAUCACAAUGGGGUUAUUGUGGUACGGGAGAUCCAUAUUGUGGUACCGGUUGUACAGCGGGACCCUGCUAUAGUGGUAAUACCGGUGGAAAUGGAAACGGUGGCAACACUGGUGAUGGUUCCAUCAUUACAGAAAAAAUUUUUGCCUGUGCAUUCUACACAAUUGACGCUGGAACAAGACUCAGUCGACUCAACGGUCUUCGAAAUUCGGGUUGGAAGCCAUCGAACAAAGAAGAAGCAGUUGUUUUUCUUGCUCACGUCUUUCACGAAACUGAUGGUCUAAAGACAAUUAAAGAAUACUGUGCUCCAGGUUGUGGCUCUCAUUAUGCUGGAUCGUGGUGCAGUAUUCAGGGUGUGCCUGGUAAAUUAUACUAUGGUCGUGGUUGGUUUCAAGUAUCUUGGCCAUGCAACUAUCAUGCAGCUGGACAAGCUUUAGGUAUAGAUCUGCUUAAUAAUCCAGAUUUGGUUGAACAACAACAAGAUUUAGCAGUAAAAACUGCAAUUUGGUUUUAUAAUGCCAAUAACAUGGCUGGACCAGCAAAACAAGGUGACUUUGCAGCAACUACUCGAAUAAUUAACGGAGCAUUAGAAUGCAAUGGUGGACCAGGCUUUAGUAAUCAGAUGACUCGAGUAUCAACAUACAGACGUAUUCGACAAUGUUUUGACCUGGGAGAACCUCAUAAAAAUCCAGUAUGUUAA